AUGCGGCGAGUCUCCAGCACGCAACAGAAUAAGGGUAUCGCCAUUGGUGUCGAACAGUUUAUGAACAGGCAACAAGUCCGCGGCAAUUCGGGAUUUCGUGCAACAUCCAGCGCGCAUCGCGUCCGUUCCUGGCUGUUUGUGUUGGCCGCAUCCUUCCUAGGCUUCGGGUGCGUCAUCGCCCUCUGGACGUGGCUUCCACCCAGUACUCUCCUCGGCGUGACCGCACAGGCUCAGGCUCAACAGGCGCAGGAAAAUAGUGCGCAUGCACAUUCUGCUACCCACACCCAGACCCGCGGAAACAGCGGUUCUCUCGAUGUAGGUUUCUCCUUCGACCUAUCGCAACCCGGAAGUAAUAGUCGUAGCUCCGCAUCUCCCGCCAAGUCAACUACGGGUUCGCAGUCAAUUGCUACCGGGUCCUAUUUGGUGAAACAGGCCCAGCAGCAGCUCCAGCAGCAGAAACAACAGCAGCAUCAGCGACAGCAUCAUAAUCAACGCACAACUGGGCGAGGCAGCUUUCGCGGUGGAUCCAGCGAUAACGUCAUCAGUAGCGCCAACAUCAUGACAUCAUCAGCUGCGACCCAACAGCAGCAGCAACAGCAGCAGCAGCACCAACACCAGCUACAUGCUGUCCCCCCUUCUGCUCAAAUAGUAGUGGUCGGUGGCGGCCUGGCGGGACUUGUGGCUGCGCUGCAGGCCGCAGAGUGCCUGGAGGAGGCGGCAGCGGCCUCCGCCGCCAGCGCCGCCAGCGGCGGUGGAGCUGUGUCCGCUACACCCGCCAAUACCUCCUCCUCCUGCCUUCCCGUACUGUGCGGCGCCUCCGCCGCCGCCGCCCUUUCGGCCGCCGUGUCGACUCCCUCCUAUUCGGUUGACGUGUUGCUGGUUGAGAAGAUGCCCAAGCUGGGCGGCAACAGCGCGAAGGCCUCCUCCGGUAUCAAUGCGCUCCACCCGGAGGGGGGGGACAGGCCUGAUGUGUUUGUGCGGGAUGUGGAGGUGUCGGGGGGCGGGGCCAGCAGGCCUGAGCUGGUGGAGGAGCUGGUGCUCAGCAGCCCUGCCGCCCUGGGCUUCCUGAGCGCCCACGGUGUGACCUCUCUGGGGGGGGUCACCCGCCUGGGGGGCCACUCGGUAGCCAGGACCCGCACCGUGUCCGGGGGCGCCAACGUGGGCUGGGUGAUCAUGUCCUCACUCAUCGAGGCGGUCGGGAAGCAUCCGAGGAUACGACCGCUGGCUAAGAUUUACAAGUUCCACAUGAAUGCGCGGGUCCUGGAGGGUCAUGCACUGCACCGUAUAAUCACAACAACUGAAACAACUGCCAACGGGGGAUUAACCGCAACCACCAUCUCAGCCGACUCGGUGGCGGUAACAGCGGUGGAGCUGGUUGCAGCAGGAGGCCCGGAUGGCCGUGUGAUCAGCAGUGGCGGGGGGUCGACAUCAGGGGAUAACUCCACCCUCUCUUCCCCCCCAAUAAGGCCCACCUCCACCUCCACCUCCACUCAUGUGGUGGUGGUGGCAUGUGGGGCACUGGUACUGGCGACGGGGGGGUUCGCUGCCAACAAGGAACUGAUUAGGUCAGUGGCUCCUGAGGCUGCCGACCUCGCCACCACCAACGGGCCCUGGGCCCGCGGGGAGAGUCUGUCACUGGCCGCCGCUGCGGGGGCGGCGCUGGUGGGGCUGGAGGACGUGCAGGUGCACCCCACGGGGUUUGUGGACCCGAGAGAGCCGGAGGCUGGGACCAAGUUCCUGGCUCCAGAAAAGCUGAGGGGUGUGGGGGCCCUGUUGCUGGAUAGCCAGGCCAACCGUUUUGUGGACGAGCUGGCUCGACGGGACGUGGUUGCAGCUGCCAUGAUGCAACUACCUGGCCGUAAAGCUUGGCUUCUUCUGGGGAGGGACGCAGGGGCCGAGUACGGCACCAGUGCGCUGGAGUUUUAUUGCAAGAGGGGCCUUAUGCGCAAGGCUGAAAGUCUGUCGGAGGCGGCCGCAGCGAUGUCUGUUGCCGAGGACGUCCUGAGGGGGCAGCUGGAGGCGUACGUGAAGGCGGCGACGGCAGGGAGUGAUGCGGCCGGCGCCGGGGGCAGGGAUCCGUACGGCAAGCGCGUGUUCCCACACCCCCCGGAUCCAGAUCUUCAACUGCCGCUGUACCUGGCGCAAGUGACGCCCGUGGUUCACUACACCAUGGGCGGAGUGGCCAUUAAUGAAAGGGCCGAGGUGCUGCGAGCAGGGCCAGGAGGGGACCCGGAUGGUUCCGGAGCUACCGUCAAGGGGCUGUAUGCGGCAGGGGAGGAAGUGCUGCUGGUGCUGCUGGUGCUGGUGCUGGUGCUGCUGGUGCUGGUGCUGGUGCUGCUGGUGCUGCUGGUGCUGGCUGGCCCUUUCUGUGAGGCGCACGGCGCACGCCCCGGAAGCUACUUCAUUUUUUACGCGGAUCACGAGCACAUCGUGAGACUUGCUGUCCGCCAGCAACUUCCCGAGGACGUGCAAGCUGCCAUCGCAGCGGCUCGUGCAGCAGCCAUGGUAAUCCGAUCUUCCCCUCCACGCGCUACAACCCCGCCAUCACCACAAGAGCAGCAGCAAGUGCCGCAGCCGGUAGCCAACUGCGUGAGUAGCUCAACUGCAUUAUUGCCCCCAGACCAAAUCCCAACGCCUGCGCUUGAUGACCCCAUGGCGCUGGAUGAGAUGCCCCUGGACGAUGCCGGCACUGUUGCCGAGGACUUGCAUGCCUCAGCGGUUUCCGCCGUGUCCAUGGUCGCCAAACAGUUUGUAGGCCCAGAGCCACCAAGGUCCAUGCCCCUGCAAGACAGGUCGAACCUUCCCGCGGGGAUUCCUCGGUCCGAUGCAUUGGGUAGCGGCUCUAAGCCCAAGCCGGCAGCAGGAAAACCUGGCCUCUCGUUGUCAGUCGUGGGCUCUACCACUACUACACGGGGCCCAGUUGUGGACAAGGAGAAUGACUCGAGUGCGUUUAUCGCUGCUCCGGGUGAGAAGACACAGCCCAGUCCAUCAGUCCUCCCAAUCGUUUCCACGGGAGGUCUGCAGGUGCCAGCACCGGCCACUAGCCGCGGUCCGCUGCAACCGCCGCCGCCACCGGCCCCUCAGCCUGUGCAGCCGCAGCCGCCCGCACCCAGCUCCCCCUCUCCUCGCUCGCCGCCACUGGCCCAACCGCCACCGCCCGCUACACGGCUGCGUUUGCGUUUCGAGGCGCGCCUCCGCGCCCAGGCCGGCCGGCUGCACCCGCUGAGUAUGUGCAACGGUCCAGAAUCGCUGCCACCGAGCCCGCCCGGCUACUGUGGAGUCCAUGCGUGGCCUGGAGCUCUUUCUGGCGUCUAUCCGCUGCAUGCAAUCACGGCCUUUAUGGGCAGCAGCAGCAACUGCGGCAACAUGCAGCCCGCCCCCUGCGUUGCGACUGGAGCAUGGAGCCAUCUCGCUAAUGGCUUCGAUGCUGAAGUUACCGCGGGAGAUAUGUAUCAGCAGGAAGACCCGACAAGGCCGUGCACGGCAGACACCCGCAACAGGAUGGGAACUGGUUGCCUCCAACCCACAUUCAGUAUCGCGCCGCAAAGGCCGCCGCCGCAUCAACAGCAGGAACUGGCGGGGCAAAGCAUCACUGCCGCUGCACUUGCAGCGCAGCAGCAGCAUUGCGAGGAUUGGCGCUACCAGCUGCACUGCGACGAGCUGCUGGACUGGGAGGUGGGCAGGAGGGCGGCCUGUAGUGGGGCGGCCGUGGAUAAGCCGGCAGGCUUAACAGCAGCAGGGCAGCACACUGGACCACGGUACCCUGUGCAGUCCUCGGCCCCACCGCCGCCACCAUCACUGCGUGACACUACACCGCUGGCCGGACCCAUGGCAGCACCCAAAGUGAACUUAGGCCUCCUGCGUCAACUGCUGCUGCUGCACGGCGGCCACCCGGGUAUCCAGCCUUACACCGGGCCUGGGCAUGCUGACAGCGGCGCAGCGGGGCAACUGCAACAAGGGGCUGGUCUGGAGGUUACGCACGGGCAGAGUCCUCAGUUGUCAAGUCCCCGACAGGCUGGGGCGCUGCACCCGUGUGCUGCAACCAGUUCCACACUUCGGCAGCUGCUCAACAUGUCGACUGCCUGGGACCUCGCUCCUAUGUCGGGCGCAGCUGUUGGCCACUUGGGACAGCCAGCCAAGAGCUCUCCGCAAUUUCCACACAACGAAACGAGCUCGCUCUCAGCAUACAGCCUACGUGUGGCUGUGGGAGCCGACGUUCCGCCGGUGCGUCAGCACAGCAUGCUUGGAGACCCGCCGCCACCGCCCAAAUUGCGCCUAUCGAACAGACACGAGGAAGACCUGGACAACCAGAUGGACGUCGAUUGGUGUGCGGAGUCGGAGCAGGAGCCGGAGGCCAGCACAUUGGACGGCAAUGGAGCCCGGCCCAAGUCUGCCCUCUCCAUUGGACGGGAGAGGGAUGCCGUUGGGUUUCCUGACGAACCAAGCUGCAAGCGCCAGAGGUUGUCGCCCCGGCAUCUGCUAGUCCGCAAGGUGCUGACUGCCCAUGAUCUUUUGACAGACCGUGUGGUGCUGUCCAUGCCGCCGGCAGCAUGUAAUUUAGUGAUCAGCCCGCUACGGGAGCAGGUGGACCUGGCGGGCGUGUCGCUAUCAGAACUUCACAAGCAGCCAGUGAGCAGAGUAGAUAGGAACGCCAGCAGACUGGUAACAACAGCGAUGUCGCUGGACUGCAGUACGCCGCAGCGGCAGCAGCAGUACCAGGCACCAGAGCUGCAAGGCAGCUCGCUUCGCCUGUCGGUAGUUGUUAUGGUUGAGAGUGGUGCGCGUUAUAAUGGUGUAAUGGUAUUAUGCGGACCUUGCGGAAACACGUCAGCCCGCGAAUGGGUGCUCCAAGGCCUCCGGCCCUACCUUAUCCGGCGCCAGGCGGGUGUGGGGGACGUGCUGACCCUUAGUGUAGACGACACCGACCAGCAGGCGGGCGGCAGCUUGAGGCUCGUUGCGCAGCUCCUGCAGUGCAAAGCGGCCUGA